AUGCCCAAGCGAAAAGCGACCUCCAAACUCUCCGGUCUCAUUGGUUCCGACGAUGAAGAUUUGAUGCAGGUCAAUGGCGUGCAGGAACGCGACAGCGAACCUCCUGCAAAGAAACAGAGAGGUCGCCCCCGGUCAAAGUCGGUUGAAGGGAAACAGCCUGCAGCCCAGAACAAAAGAAAUACUACUGCGCCCACGACGGGAGAGCCUGCGACGAGAAAGUCGACGCGCCGAGGGAGACCCAAGGGGAGCCGCAACUCGGGACAGUCGGACGUGCAGGAGAUUGUCGAAGAAACACAAGAUAUGGGAGGAUACGUGCAGGAGGAUGCGCCCCAGGAUUCGGAACCAGCGCCCAUUUCCAACGAUGAGCUAGACGGUCCCCAGAAUGUUCGCCGACCCGUGAAACCUACAAAAACAACGAAAGCGACAGGCGCGCGUCGCGGGCGCAAACCCAGCAUCGAGAAACAAGUCAAAACGGAUGGUGAAUUUGAAUAUACGCCGACGAGUGCUCGGCAAGCGAAAGCCGCGGUGAACGCGAAGGCGAAGCCCGAGCCCAAGGGGCCGCGACGGAGAGCUGAGACCGAGUCCGAUCAUGAUAUGUCAGAAGCCGAGGAGCCAGCAGCGGAAGUCGUCGAUGAGACUAUGAUGGAUGAAGAUGUGAACGAGCGCCGAAUCUCCUUCGCAUCCCCAACCAAGCGCAAUUAUUCAAUUGGACGGACGUUGCAAAGCUCCCCGUCGAAGAGGGCGCUCGGUGCGGGUGGGGAAGAAAAGCCUACAGAGCCUGAAUUGCGACGGCGAAUUGGAGAACUGACCAAGAAGUGCGACACCUUGGAGAAUCGGUAUCGGAACCUGAAGGAGAUCGGGGUUGUGGAGGCGAACGCCAAUGCCGAGAAACUCCGUAAACAGUGCGAGGCAAUGACAAACGCUUCCAACAAUUUGAUUGCUUCUCUGAAGUCUGAAUUGGAAGCCCAGAAGGCUCUUGGCCAGCAGAGCCGUUCGCUCCAGAAACACCUCAAGGAGCGCGACGCCGAGGUCGCCCGAUUGCAAACUCAAGUCGAAGAAGCAACCUCGCAGCUCUCUUCUGCACAGUCGGAAGUCAAGGCGUUGCAGACCAAGCUUGCUGCCGCACGAAACACUGCUGCGAGCCUUGAGAAUGCGGCCCUGAAGGUCCCGGGCAGCGCCGUCAAGGGUGGUAAUAACCGCGCCAACGCUGCCGCGAGUGCCGAAGCUGCCUACGCCGCCCAAUUUGCGCAAUUGAAGGAGGAUCUUUACAGUGACCUGACGGGUCUCAUCAUCCGUGAUGUCAAGCGCAACAGGGACGAUAACAUAUACGAUUGUAUCCAAACGGGUGUCAAUGGAACCCUCCACUUCAAACUGGCAGUUCCUAAUGUGUCCUCCGCCAACUUUGAGUCGGCCGAGUUCCAGUACAUCCCUCUUUUGGACGAGAACAGAGACCGGGAAUUGGUUGAUAUUCUUCCCGAAUACCUCACGGUGGAUAUCACGUUUGUCCGCCAGCAAGCCUCCAAGUUUUAUACUCGAGUGAUCGACGCGCUUACGAAGCGACGGGCUAGUCAGGCCAAUUAG